AUGGACAUUCAUGGAAGAAUAGUUCUAUGGUACCUCCUAGGCAUCCUCACUGAGGAGAAACAGCAAAGCAUGUGUGACAGUCUACAGCAUCUCAAGCAAGAUAUGGAAAGCAAAUGCCCCAAAAAGCCCUCAAAGAACUGGCGUAAAUCUUCAGAAUAUGACAAAAAUCCUGGAGACUGCUUAUUCCUGGCGUGGUUCCAACUCAGUCAUAAAAAAACUGGAGAGGCUCCACAAGAUUCCCCGUCAUUGCACAAAUCUACACCUCCAGGCACUGGUGAACUGUGGUUGCAAUCUUUUGUUGAGACCGGGGCCCUCAUGUGUGCAACCUUGCGUGUAGCUCACCCUGCGCUCUAUGAGCAAGCCCAAGAGGCGCUGGUACGAGUUGAGGACCAUAUGGAUGAUGUGACGGUACCAAAGGCAUGGAGCUCAGUCUUCAAUGUGCUUUCUAUCAUCAGCAACUGGGAGACACCAGUACACUGGGAUUGUCUCUUCAAAGCAGUGUGGUAUGACAUGUUGGCAAGUGUAGGAGACCACAAUGAUGCCAUUCUGGAGCUCACCAGGCAGGGCAGGUUUUGCUUCAAGUUUGAUAGUGGGAUUAUUGCUGCAUUUAGUGGGAAGUUGCUGAGUCAUGGGGUUUCAUCCUACAGUGUGCGGGGUGGGGACCCCGGGAUGAUGUGGAAUAGCAGCUGA